UGGUGAUUUGGAGUCGUGCGGCAGCAGAUCAUCGGUACAAGCACGCGAUGUCUCCUUCACAUACAGUCCUAUAGCGGCUAAUUCGGUUUUAUAAACCCGGAAUCGCGAAGAACAGCGGCUAAGCACCAUCCGGGAGCUUCAUCUGCUCCGACUGAAGUCGAUCCAGCCUGUUUGGUGUAUUACACGGAUCAGUUCGGCGUCUGUAUUCAUGUUAUUGCGGGCAUUAUAUUGUUGAAUAUAACAGAUAAUCAUGGCGAGUGACUCUCCUGCGAGGAGUCUGGAUGAGAUCGACCUGUCUGCUCUGCGGGACCCUGCGGGCAUAUUUGAGCUGGUGGAGCUCGUGGGAAAUGGGACCUAUGGACAAGUAUAUAAGGGACGUCAUGUUAAGACCGGCCAGCUCGCUGCAAUCAAGGUCAUGGAUGUCACAGGGGAUGAGGAGGAGGAGAUCAAAGCUGAGAUCAACAUGCUAAAAAAAUACUCCCACCAUCGAAACAUCGCCACCUACUAUGGUGCCUUCAUCAAGAAGAAUCCACCUGGCAUGGAUGACCAGCUCUGGCUGGUGAUGGAGUUUUGUGGUGCUGGUUCAGUGACAGACCUGAUAAAGAACACCAAAGGAAACUCUCUGAAAGAGGAGUGGACGGCCUACAUCUGCAGAGAGAUCCUCAGAGGUCUGACCCACUUGCAUCAACAUAAGGUCAUUCAUCGUGAUAUCAAAGGUCAGAACGUUUUGCUCACGGAAAAUGCGGAAGUCAAACUAGUUGAUUUUGGUGUGAGUGCACAGUUGGACCGUACCGUGGGUAGGAGGAACACUUUUAUUGGCACUCCAUAUUGGAUGGCUCCAGAGGUCAUAGCCUGUGAUGAGAACCCAGACGCCACAUAUGACUUCAAGAGUGAUCUGUGGUCUCUGGGAAUUACGGCUAUUGAGAUGGCAGAAGGAGCCCCUCCGCUGUGCGAUAUGCAUCCUAUGCGAGCACUUUUCCUCAUACCCAGAAACCCAGCGCCUCGUCUCAAGUCCAAGAAGUGGUCUAAAAAGUUCCAGUCAUUCAUUGAGAGCUGUUUAGUGAAGAAUCACAACCAGAGACCCAGUACUGAACAGCUCAUGAAACAUCCCUUCAUCAAAGACCUUCCCAACGAGAGACAGGUCCGAAUCCAGCUCAAAGACCACAUUGACCGGACCAAAAAGAAAAGAGGAGAGAGGGACGAGACAGAAUAUGAGUACAGUGGAAGUGAAGAGGAGGAGGAAGAGCGAGACAUAGGAGAGCCGAGCUCUAUCAUAAACAUCCCUGGGGAAUCGACCCUGAGGCGGGACUUCCUGCGUCUACAGUUGGCCAAUAAGGAGCGCUCCGAAGCCCUGAGGAGACAACAGCUAGAACAGCAACAGAAUGAGGAACACAAGCGCCAACUACUGGCAGAGAGGCAGAAGCGCAUUGAGGAGCAGAAGGAGCAAAGGAGGAGACUAGAGGAGCAACAGCGACGGGAGAGAGAGCUCCGGAAACAGCAGGAGAGAGAGCAGAGGAGGCGCUAUGAGGAGAUGGAGCAGCUCCGGAGAGAGGAGGAGAGGAGGCAUGCUGAGAGGGAGCAGGAAUACAAACGGAAGCAGCUGGAGGAGCAGAGACAGGCUGAGCGGUUACAGCGGCAGCUGCAGCAGGAAAGGGCCUACCUUGUUUCACUGCAGCAACAGCAACAAGAGCCACGGCCUGCAGACAAAAAACAACUGUACCACUACAAAGACUCCGUCAACCCCAGUGACAAACCGGCCUGGGCCAAAGAGGUGAUGGAGAGAGCUCAGAGUAACUCCCCUCGAAUCCCUCCCAAGAAGCACCAUUCGUUUAACAGUCCUGGAGAAAAACGUGUCGGCCAACUCCUCCCUCUUGACAAGAGCUCCUCUAAUCAGCCCACGAGGCCCCCCUCCUACCCAGCAGCCUUCCACUCGAGAGAGAUAGAACUGGCCAAGCCUCAGCUCAGGAUAGUCAGUGGGCCAAACGUUCCUAGAAUCCGUGUGUCUUGCGAGCCAGAUCCAUCCCAGCUGGUCAGGAUGGUCCAGCAGCAUCUUGAGCAAGAGUCCCGGGGCCGCAAUCCCGGACAUUCCAGCAAAGGGACUGAUAUUGACAGAGACUUAGACGUCUCAAAGGUUGAGGAACGCUCCAAGCUGAACCGCCAGAGCUCUCCAGCUCUCCAGCACAAAGUGGCCAACCGUAUUUCCGACCCCUCCCUGCCUCCCCGCUCAGAGUCCUUCAGCAGUGGAGGCAUACAGCAGGCCCGGACGCCUCCCAUGCACCGCCCGGUAGAGCCUCAGAUGGCGCACCUGGUCUCUGUGAAGUCCCAUGGCUCUUCCAUGACAGGAUCCCAGUCGCUGCAUGAUCAGUCCUCUCAGGGCGUCUCAGCCUUCCAAGAGGGUCUGUCGCCUCACCGACCACCGAUGCCUCGGCAGAACUCUGACCCCACGUCAGAAACCCCUGCCCCACCACCUCGCAUUACCAGCCGAGAUGAGAAGUUUGACCGUAGCUCUUGGCUGAGACAGGAAGAUGACGUCCCUCCAAAGGUGCCUCAAAGGACCACUUCCAUAUCCCCUGCACUGGUGAGAAAAAAUUCUUCAGGGAAUGGACCAGGAGGACUGGGACCGAGAACCGGAGCACAUCUGAUCCGAGCCAGUAACCCAGACCUGCGGAUUUCCAUGGAGUCGGCUCUCCAGAGAACCAGCAGUGGUAGUUCUUCCAGUUCUAGCACGCCCAGCUCUCAGGGAGGCUCCAGCGAGAGGAACCUGGUGGGAGGCUCCAGUAAACCUGAGGGAUCCCCAGCAGUGUCCCAAGAAUCCAAGCCCAAAACCCAGGAGGAGAACAGGGAGGUGACCAGACCCAGCCGACCAGCGAGUUAUAAGAAAGCCGUAGAUGAGGAGGAGCUGGACCUCACUGCUCUGGCCAAAGAACUCCGUGAGCUACGAACCAAUGAGGAAACCAACCGGCCUCCCAGGAAAGUGAUAGAGUAUUCCUCAUCCAGUGAGGAAUCAGAUAGCAGUGAGGAGGAGGAUGGAGAAGGCGGGGCUCAUGAUGGAACUGUUCCCGUUAGUGAUAUUCCACGCAUCAUGCCUUCUGCUGGCCAGGGUGGCACCGACUCACUGGUCAACCAGGAGGAUUCUCAUGCCAAUGAUUCAUUUGGCAAAAAUUCACAAGACGGCACCCUGAUGAUGCGAGAGACGUUUUGGGAAAGCAAGCUCGGUCAUGCCGAGAGCAAUGGUUUCCCCUGUAACUCCAAUCUGCCUGAUCUAGUGCAGCAAAGCCACUCGCCUGGCGAGGGCCCUGGGCGGCUUUCUAGUGGGCUGGACCUGGACUCUGUGGCUGAAUUUGGGAUGGGGAGCGGGUCCAAAGCCUCCUUCACUCCUUUUGUGGACCCACGAGUGUAUCAGACCUCCCCCACAGAGGACGAUGAGGACAACCCUGCCUCAGCUCAUUUUACAGAUGAACUCCUACGGCAGGAACAGGAACAAGCUCGACUAAAUGAGGCUCGGAAAAUAUCUGUUGUUAAUGUCAAUCCCACCAAUAUCAGGCCACACAGUGACACACCGGAAAUCCGCAAGUACAAGAAGCGCUUCAACUCUGAGAUCCUGUGUGCGGCACUAUGGGGAGUGAAUCUGUUGGUAGGAACAGAAAAUGGGCUCAUGUUACUAGAUCGCAGUGGCCAGGGCAAAGUCUACAAUCUGAUCAACCGCAGGCGCUUUCAGCAGAUGGAAGUUCUGGAGGGUCUCAAUGUCCUGGUCACCAUAUCAGGCAAAAAAAAUAAACUGAGGGUCUACUAUCUGUCAUGGCUUAGAAACAGGAUACUUCACAAUGACCCUGAGGUAGAAAAAAAACAAGGGUGGAUUACCGUUGGUGACCUAGAGGGAUGUGUCCAUUAUAAAGUCGUCAAAUAUGAGAGGAUUAAGUUCUUGGUGAUUGCAUUGAAGAAUUCAGUGGAGAUUUAUGCCUGGGCUCCCAAACCCUACCACAAAUUCAUGGCUUUCAAGUCUUUCACAGAUCUUCAGCACAAGCCUAUGCUUGUGGACCUGACGGUGGAGGAGGGUCAGCGGUUAAAGGUUAUCUAUGGCUCCAGCGUUGGUUUUCACGUGAUAGAUGUCGACUCUGGGAAUCCGUACGAUAUCUACAUUCCGUCCCACAUUCAGGGCAGUGUUACCGCUCACGCCAUUGUGGUGCUUCCCAAGACCGACGGCAUGGAGAUGCUUCUGUGUUAUGAAGAUGAGGGAGUCUAUGUGAACACAUACGGCAGAAUCAUUAAAGACGUGGUGCUCCAGUGGGGAGAGAUGCCCACCUCUGUUGCCUACAUCCACUCCAACCAGAUCAUGGGCUGGGGAGAGAAAGCCAUUGAGAUCCGCUCCGUGGAAACGGGACAUCUCGACGGAGUUUUCAUGCACAAGAGAGCACAGCGACUGAAGUUCCUUUCGGAGAGAAACGAUAAAGUGUUCUUUGCCUCAGUCAGAUCAGGAGGCAGCAGCCAAGUUUUCUUCAUGACCUUGAACAGAAACUCCAUGAUGAAUUGGUAAUUCAUCCCCGCCCUUCCCUGCAUUGUAUCUGUGGACCUUUUCUACUUUAUUGAAAAGUGUGAAAAAAGGAAAGACAGGAAAAUCCAGGUGCGCUGGAUAAUCUGGCAGACGGCAAAAAGACCAAACCUUACUGGGACCUUCUCAGAAGAGUCAAAGACAAACCCAAAAUCCACACGCCCCCGCCAACAACAAGGGGCGCCGGAGGAGAAGAACAACCGGUCUGCAUUAUUUUUAUGGCUCUUUUAUUAACAAGCGUAGGGUUCUGGUGUUUUUGUCCUUACAAAUCUCUAUCUAGAUUCUUCUGGAGGUGAAGACUGGAAAUAUGGGGAAUAAGACCCACAGAGUAGAGUGAAUAUUUGUACUGUUAAGACACUUUUCGACAAUAAUUUAUCACGGUUGCGCUGAACGUCAGUAAACCUCCCUUGCGGGAUGAAUCCAUUGAGGCUGGUUUGUGUGAUCAACCCUUUUUCUUUUUUAUGUUUCAGCUUGGAAUGCACACAGAUGUUUGUUUCAUGUGGAUAUCACUCUAAUGUCUGAUAUUUAAGACUUGUAUGAUACUUUGCCACAUUAUGUUGGAGCAGACACACUUCGGGCUGUCCACAGAAUGCCUUAAAUAUGAAUUCGCAAAGCUGCUCGGUUUUAUUUUCAAGUCCAUAAUAUAUUGAUGUUUAUGCAUAUUUCUGUAAGGAAAGGAAAAUGCUACUUUUUUGGAUGGAAAUCGAUGCCUGCUGAUAUGGAUGUAGAACGGAACUAUAUAAUGAUUCUGAAUAUUCAUACUGUGCAUUCCUAGUUUUAUCCCAAAGCUCUAUAGUAUUCACAUUUGGAGCCUGUGGUUUGGCACUGUUUUCCUUGUGCUCAGGGAGAUGGUGCUGUCGAUCAGACCUUUUUUAUAUUAAUUUCCAUUGUCUUUACAACUUAUGUUAUGGGCGAUUUAAAGGGAUAGUUCACUCUAAAAAUUUAAAUUCUGUUCUCAUGCCGUUCCAAAACUGUAAGACUUUUGUUCCUCAGUUACACAUAAAACGAGAAGUUUAUUAGACCGUUCAAGCUGCUCUCUUCCAUACAAUGAAAGUAAUUGAAUUGAAAGUAAAUGAAAUUACAGACAAAAAAAAAACAUCAUAAAAGUAAUCAAUGUGCACUGUAUUUCUAGUUUCUGAAGCCAUGUGAUGUUUUGUGUGAGGAACAGGCUCAAAAAAGUUUUGGUCACAAAUAACAGUCUGGACAUUGACAAAAAUAUUCGAAAAACAAUAAGGCGAGUCAUUUUUUGGGUGUUUUACUGGCCCUAUGAGAACUUGAAUUUCCAUAUGGAUUGGAUUAGACCGUAAUUUGUAUUUAAGGGUGAAACUUGUCUGCAGAGAUGAUUCUGGAACGCUUUAUCACCACAGUGCUAAGAAACAGUCUGAAUACUUCAACUGACUGGUAAAUACUACAGAGCUUUCUAUUGAAACAUAAAAAAGUACAUUAAGAUUCUGUUUAGAGUAUCACAGUUUCUUUGUAAGCGUGUGUGUAUGUGAAUGAAUGAUGAGAUGUAAUGCUUUCCACCAAUGAUACAAAAAUAACCAUUAACAUACCAGCAAUCUCAAUUGUUUUCGUAUCAGGAGUAACACGUGUCAUUAGAAUAAGAAUGAGUUUUUCUCAUGACUUUCAGCAAAGUGCAAUAAAGGCCAAGGGAAUCGAGCCUGGUGAGUCGAUUGCUCACCUCUCCUCAUGAUGGAUCUCCAACUCUUUCUAGAGGGACAUUCACUUCCACCCUCUGUAAAUAUCCACUUCCGUUUCGGAAAAGAGUCCUGCCUCCGAAUCGAAUGCAUAGGAACUGUGAGGAUGUGACAGAAAUGUGCGAUGCUGUUUGUGGUUCUGUAAGAUCCACCUCCUCCUCUGUGUGAAUCACAUGAAUCAGUGAACGAAGGGUAGUGUUUUGUGAGUAGAGCUUCCUUUUAGGCUACCUCGUUUCUGUUCACCUGUUGGAUCGGGGGGGGUUAAUUAUUUGUUGUAAUUAACAAAUGUAAAAUAAGGCUAUGUUGUCGUUCCAUGUAGAUUCAGAGGUGAUUUGAGUGUAGAGCGCCAGACAGAAAUAUUCAGAAAUGGACACUUUAAAAAAAUAAUAAUAAUCUUGGUGCAAUGUCUUGUGUAACAGCCAAAUCAAGCCUACACUUCAUAUUAGGGUGAUUCUUCAAUUAGGGCAACUUUUCUUUUUUUUUUUUGGUCUCUAAUUAUUUUUUUCCCUUAAAGACAUGUUCAGUUUAUUUGUACUUUUUUAUUUUUAUAGCUUUUUUUAAUUUUUUUAUCCAAUACUACUGUCAUCACUGCCAUGCCAAGAAUUGUAUUUUAUCAAUUAAUUUUAUGAUUUUUUUUUUUUUAGACCAAGCACACAACUGACAUUAUUUCAAAAUCCACUUGAUAAGUUAUAUGAAACUGUUUAAUGACGUUGCAUUUUUAGGAUUACACAAACACAAAAAUGCCUCUAACUGCAGAAUCGCACAUUAAUAGACUUGAAGUCCUUCCAAAUGACGUGGCAUUUUAUUCAAAUAGGUGGAAUCAUGAAAUAACAGUCCUUUAUAUACUUUUAUAUAUUUUCAUUACAGUUCUGUAAGGGCAAUAGAGUGUGAAAUUCACUUGACACAACUAGGAUCUUUUGAGACUUCAUGUUUUUUGUCCAUCAAACUGUGAACUGAGUGGAUGUGUGUGUGCAGGUGGGAAAUACUUAUGGGGUCUUCCCAUUCAUUUUAUCAACACGGCUGUGAGGUUGGUUGAUUUCUUCAUCUCUCAUGCACCACCUUCAGUGGUGGAAAGUCUUUUGAUGUGUGCUUGACCUCCUUUUCUUUCUUAAUAUGGACAUUAAUACUGUAAGUACAUCCUUUAUAUUCAGGCUGAGCGAGUUGUUUUAUUUCUGGAUUUCUCUUAUUUUUUGUGUAUUAAAAUUUGAGAUUUAUAGCACAA